ACCAUGCUUUCCGUCUGCUUCCUGCUCGCGCCUGUUGGGGACCCACAGCAGCUGCAGCUCUUGCCGCUGAAGGGGCUCAAUCUGGUCGACAAGGAGAACACGCCCCCGGCCCUGAACGGGACCCGAGUCCUGGCCAGCAAGACCGCGAAGAGGAUCUUCCAGGAGCCUGUCGAGCCGAAAACUAGAGCAGCCACCCCUAGGAUGCAGGAUGAGCCGCUGCUGAGAGAAAACCCACACCACUUUGUCAUAUUCCCCAUCGAGUACCCCGAUAUCUGGCAGACAUAUAAGAAGGGGGAGGCCUCCUUCUGGACCACCAAGGAGGUGGACCUGUCCAAGGACGUUUGGCACUGGGAAUCCCUGAAGCCCGAGGGGAGAUACUUUAUAUCCCACGUUCUGGCUUUCUUUGCAGCAAGUUAUGGCAUAGUAAAUGAAAACUUGGUGGAGCGAUUUAGCCAAGAAGUUCAGAUCACAGAAGCCCACUGUUUCUAUGGCUUCCAAAUGGCCAUGAAAAACAUACAUUCUGAAAUAUAUAGUCUCCUUAUUGACACUUACAUAAAAGAUCCCAACGAAAGGGAAUUUCUCUUCAAUGCUAUUGAAACGAUGCCUUGUGUCAAGAAGAAGGCAGAUUGGGCCUUGCUCUGGGUUGGGGACAAAGAGGCUACCUAUGGUGAACACGUUGCAGCCUUUGCUGCAGUGGAAGGCAUCUUCUUUUCUGGUUCUUUUGCAUCCAUAUUCUGGCUCAAGAAACGAGGACUGAUGCCUGGCCUCACAUUUUCUAAUGAACUUACUGGCAGAGAUGAGGGUUUACACUGUGAUUUCGCUUGCCUGAUGUUCAAACACCAAGUACACAAACCAUCAGAGGAGAGAGUAAGAGAAAUAAUUAUCAGUGCUGUUCGGAUGGAACAGGAGUUCCUUACUGAGGCCUUGCCUGUGAAGCUCAUUGGGAUGAAUUGCACUCUAAUGAAGCAAUACAUUGAGUUUGUGGCAGACAGACUUAUGCUGGAACUGGGUUUUAGCAGGGUUUUCAGAGUAGAGAAUCCAUUUGACUUUAUGGAGAAUAUUUCACUGGAAGGAAACACUAACUUCUUUGAGAAGAGAGUAGGUAAGUAUCAGAGGAUGGGAGUGAUGUCAAGUCCAACAGAGAAUUCUUUUACCUUGGGUGCUGACUUCUAA